AUAGCCUACCGUACGUGGCGGUAGUUACUGCAAGAAAGGUCGGGAUGCGGCGGCAGCUGUUGGUGACCUUUUUCACUUGUGAGGAAGAUGGCGGAUGAUUGGGAAAAAGAGGACUACAAGCCUCCGUCGUUUGCCAAAAAGCCCGUAACUGGUGACAGAUGGGAAGGUGAGGACGAGGAAGACGUCAAGGAGAAUUGGGAUGAUGAAGAGGAUGCUGCAGCAGAAGGAGAGAAGGCGGUGGCAACACAGGUGAAGAAGAAGAAGACGCUAAGCCAAAUCAUCCAAGAAAAGGAGGAGAAGAGGCGGAAAGAGGCGGAACUCAAGCGAGUGCAGAAGGAGGAGGAACUACAACAAAUGACACCAGAGGAAGCACAAGCUGAGAAGCUUCGUAGGCAGCAGAUGCAGGAAGAGGCAGACCUUGAAUUAGCCAAAGAAGCAUUUGGUCUGGAUACAAAUGUGGAAGGCGUAGACAGCUUCAACCCAAUCACUAAGGAAGACUUUGACCAGUUCCGCAAAGCACUGUGUGCUAAGCUAACAACAUUGGAAAAAUCGGCCCUGUACAUUGGGUUCAUAGAUGAGCUGCUGAGAGACAUCAGCAUAAACAUUGAACCUGAGGACCUGAAGAGGUGGGCCAGCACACUAAAUGCUGUGGCCAAUGAGAAAGUGAAGCAGCAAAAGAUGUCAAAACACAAGAAGAAGGGCAAGAAAGGUGGUGCAAGUCUCAAUGUUGGGAAGGACGACAGCUUGGGUGUUCUAGAUGACUACAGCAAUGAGUAUGACGACUUUAUGUAGCAGGACACUGGAACGAAGAUUGCAAAGUGUUUAUAUUUGUUACAUUGGUCCAUUGACCUGCAAUAAAUAAAGAUGCUCUUCUUGCA